UACUGGAAGGCUGUCAGAGAGCUGAAUUAACUCAUAUAUAAAGUAUUAUAAAUAGUAUUGCCAGACCUUUGCUCCGAAUGUUGAAAUUCGUUUGCUUCCGUGGACAUCGCAAUGAGGCAGAAUGGCCCGAAUCAGGCGCCGCGACGUAAACUCAUACCGAAUCUGCUUAGCAGCAUACUGAGAGUAGUAGCCGAAUCGGAUCGCCCGCUGACACAGCACGAAAUCGUAGAGGCCGUAUCGAAGUGUUUGGAUCGGUCCGAUGAGGAGCUGAAGCGGCAACUGUGCCAACCCGCUUGGAGCGAAAUGAGCCGCUGCAGCAAAGCCUCACUACAUCCAGGUACGCUUCUCCACAGAAUGACAGAAAUCGCAACGACGCUGUUGUCAACCAACCGACAGGUAAACAGAAAAAUGCCGAGUCGGGAGGUACACAAUGAUAAGCUCGAGUGUCAGACGUCCCUCAAAAUUUACAAAUUCGCAUUGUGAUCAAAAAAGUUGUGGAAUUAAUUUGAAUAAAAAAUGAUGUGCAGUGAAGGAAUAGACAAGCUGAGCUAGUUCAUCGGGUGAAUGUCCGAGGGAUCUCCUUUGGGAAAUAUGGGAGAUCGAAGAGACUGAAAAUGAAUGGAAAUGAUCAUUUGAACUGAGUAAGUAUAGUGUCCGAGUGAUCUGUUGUGAGAUAUCGCCUAGGCUCAGCCCAGUCCAUGAACGCAA